UAGGUUCCUUAAGCCCCGCCCUUUUUUUGCUUUAGACUACUUCGGUUGGUGAAUGGAAGUCCGGUUUAUUUGUUUGUUCUUUCUUUUACAGCGUAGUUCUUGCAUUCGUGUCAUUCAAAUAUUCUAGCUGUUCAAGUUUUCUCGAGUUUUCCUAAAGUAGGAAAUUGAAUCAUUCUUCAUCCUCGCAGUUUUACCAAUACAUUUUUUGCUAAAAUGAUGAGAACAGGAGGAAUAUUGAAAUUGAUUGUCCUGGUUUCUGCCUUCCUCCUGGCAGCUUUCCUGGCUUUUCAGCUCCUGGAAAUUAACACGGAUAUCAGUCUGUCACGUAUAUUAGGGAAACCUGGAGUCAUUGAUGAGUCUACAAAGUCAACCCAUCACAAAUGUGGCCUGUAUAAGGCUUGUCCUGAACACCAUUUCGCCUUCAAAAUGGCCAGUGGAGCUGCCAGUAUCGUUGGGCCCAAAGUCUGCUUAGAGGAUGAGAUAUUGAUGAGUGGCGUGAGGAACAAUGUUGGAAGGGGUUUGAACAUUGCCCUAGUCAAUGGAAAAACUGGCAAGCUCAUCAAGACUGAAUCCUUUGACAUGUGGGGUGGAGAUGUCAACCCACUUAUCCAGUUUUUGAAGGAUAUUGAAGAAGGAACAGUUGUCAUGAUGGCCACUUUUGAUGACUCCUCUACAAAACUUAAUAGUGAGGCAAGGAAGUUAAUAUCAGCACUAGGCAGCUCCUAUAUCAAUUCAUUGAGCUUCAGGGACAACUGGCUCUUCGUCGGAGGAAAAGGGAUCAAAACAAAGAGUCCUUUUGAGCAGUACAUCAAGAACAAUGCCGAAACCAACAAGUAUGAAGGCUGGCCAGAAGUUCUGGAAAUGGAGGGCUGCAUUCCUCAGAAACAGGACUGAUGUCCUUGUAUCGUUCUUCUUGGACCAAAUGAAGUAGUGUCAGAAACAAAAGCUCUUCCAUAGAACUCAUUUUUUACUAUAUGCAAAAUACCCUAGAUUCUUAACUUAAAGAAACUUAACAUCUGAGAGGCAAGCAGUAUAAAGUGCUUUUGGUCAUACAGUGUUUCAUAGCAACCCACAAUCAUCAAAUUAGGUAUCAGAAUUGUAGAAAAAUAUAAUGAGUAUCACAGAGCUAUGAUUUUGUGAAUUGAGAUUUUAGUAGUAUGUUAGCAUUGUCCAGCCUGAGCAUAGCUACGAAAUAAAUAUUGAUGGUGGAAAACAAAACAUUCAUAGGCAGGACAUAUACAGUCAAGAACAUACAGUAUAAAAAUGGUACCUGGUAGUUGCCCUCUGUAUUACUGAAAUGGUUUGCUAUGUAAAUAUAAGAUUUUUAAAAAUAUAUAUUGUGCCUAAAAAUUAAAAAGGUGAGAAUGUUGUACAUUUUAUGUUGAUAGAAUGUGAAACUGGUGCAGACAGCUACUGCUGUGGUUUCUAGGGCAGGUUUUUGUUUUGCUUUUUGGAAAGCUUGUAUUUUUUUUAUAUAUAUAUAUAUAUAUAUAUAUAUAUAUAUAUAUAUAUAUAUAUAUAUUAGUAUACAUUCUGAGGUGAAAUGGGUAACUGUUUUGCUUGAGUAAUGAUUUUACUCAUAACAUAUUGAAUAGUCCUAUGUCUGCUCUUUUGCUGGGGUUUUCUUUGUUUUUCUUAUCUUUUUAAUAACUAUGAAGAAUUAUUUUGACCAUCACAAACUAAAGUCCUUUUGUUAAUUUGCUCAUUGCACUUUAAUCAAGCUUCUAGAUAUUUGUAAAAAUUGUUUAGGUUCAGUUUUAUAUUUAAAUGCUUUACUGCUCAUAUUUUCUGUUUGCAAGGAUUGGAUUAAAACUUUUAUCUUUUGAUUACUUGGGUGUUUGGAUGCAAGUGAAUGUUAAAAUUAAGUUAUUUUAUGAACAUAUGCAGCCCUGCUAUUUUAUUGCUUUAUUUUCUGUUGCAGUUAGGAUGGUGAACUGCAGUACUGAAGGGCACCAACAUGACAGAGUCUUUGGCUAGUGGUAGAAAUGGAAAAACACAAAGCUUGUUAGAGUGAUGGCCCUCCAGGGUGUGUCUGAAGUGUUUUGAGCAAAAUGAAUUUCUGAAAAAUUAAUUCCAUACUUGUUUAUUUUCAGUGUUGUAAAGACAGCAUAUUGGCCACAUGAAACAAUUAGUAUUUAUGAACAUUUCUGUGGCACUAAACAGAAUCAGAAGUAUUUUUCUUCGAUGUUCAAACCCAGCCUGGGACCUGAUGUGCUGCAUGUUACAUCUCUUACACUAAUGGACUUACAAACUCUCAGCCUCAGUCUUAAAGGUUCAGCAAUUUGCUUAUUUGUAUCCUUCAGUCUGCUUACAUCUCCAUAAACAGACCUUUUAAGGCUGGUGAGUCUUUUCAGUAUUUAUAUUUCUCACCAUCACAACAGCUGUGGAAAUGAACAUAUCUAAAUAUUUUUCCAUUUAUAAAAAUAUUAGUAGGUUCACAUGUGCCUUGAAAGACAAAGAUUGAUUUGGUGUGUGACCAUAAUAGAUCAGGCAGCAUGGAAUAUUUGCACGGAGUAUUUGCAAGGAAGUACUGUGCAACUUAAUAUUGACUUUCAGGUUAUUACUGUUCACUGAUUUUAACAGUGGAAUUUCUUUGCUUGUGCCUAAAACUUUUGCAUGGUACAGAAGGUUCCUUACAUCAGUUUCCUCUCCUGCUAUGUUGCAGCUAAUACUUUUAGUAUUUAACUAAAAUGUGUUCGAUACCACCCCCAAGGGGGGGUGCAUGCACACAGCUCUGCAUUGACUGUAUUGUAAUCUGCAAAUUAAUUCUCUGACUGCUAUUAAACACAACAUCUUGCCAUCCUUCCUCCACUAAAACUGUGAUUUGAAGUUGUUGAUUUGUCGACGUUAGAUGGGAACCAGUGAUGUGCCUUAUUUUACAUAUCUACAAAGGAUAUGUGCCCACAUAAAAAAUAAACUCACUUGUAACCUGA